CAAAUUCCGAUACACGGAUCUAAUAGAUUGCUCGACAUUCGAUCGUUUACAAUGUAGCGCAUGCGCGCUGCUCGCUCUUCCUUUCCCUUGCUUCUCCGCAAUGGCGCCUAUUAAGAAGCAAAGCACCGGUAAAGGUGGCAAAAAGAAGAAGCAGGUCCUGAAGUUCACUCUUGACUGCACUCACCCCGUGGAAGAUGGAAUCAUGGACGCUGCUAGUUUCGAGAAGUUUCUUCAGGAACGCAUUAAGGUGAACGGAAAAGCCGGCAACCUUGGUGGCGGUGUGGUGACUAUUGAGAGGAGCAAGAGCAAGAUCACUGUGUCCUCUGAGGUUCCCUUCUCUAAAAGAUACCUUAAGUAUUUGACCAAGAAAUACCUGAAGAAAAACAAUCUUCGUGACUGGCUGCGCGUCGUGGCUAACACCAAGGAGAGCUACGAGCUGCGCUACUUCCAGAUCAACCAGGAAGAGGAGGAAGAGGACGAGGAUUAAACCCGUCAUCAUUUUUGUACAUUUAAAUAAAUGUUGUUUACGGUACACAA